GUCUUGUCGUCCCUCCUUUUUUUUUACCGACAAUACAAAACUACUAGCCGACCUCCAAUGUCAGCUUACCAGACAUCUCAAGCAAAGAUCGAAGAUGUUCGGAUAUUAAAAUGAACUCAUUUGCUACCUCCUAAAUCCGUUGGUAUCAUUCUCUUGGCUGCUUCAGUCGCUUGACAACGGCCAGGGUAUGCGAUAUCUCCAUUCUUGCGUCUACUUCUCAUUUGACAACGACGAUCAGCAAUUCCUUCUUUUGUGGUCAGCAACCAGGUAUAUAUAUGAGAUCGAAGCCAUAUUCGAUUAUUCGGCGUUUGUAUGCUGCAAUCAUGCAGAUGCCAAGAAUGGGCUAUCGCUAUAAGUAUAUGAUGAUGAUUAUUUCUUUUCGUGCUAUGAUAAGUCUAUCAUUGUUUUCCUGUUGUCGCAUUUCAUCACGUAUCAAUGAACAUCUAAUUGGACUUGAUAUCACAAUAUACCCAUUGCAAUUCCACAACAAUGUCCGCCUUCUCCCGCUCCAGCACUGGCAUCUCCGUUACACAGCACUUCUCCUGUCUCAUAGACAACAAAAUAAUCCUCAUAACAGGUCCCUCAACCAAUAGUAUCGGCGCUGAAACUGCCAUCUCACUUGCCCACGCAUCCCCAUCCAUAAUUCUCCUAGCAGGACGUUCAGAAGCCAAGAUUUCCCCUGUCAUCAAAGAAAUUCAUACUCUCAACCCCUCCAUCACAACCCAUUUCAUUCCCCUCGAUCUCGCUUCUCAGAAAUCGAUAAGAAAAGCCGCUUUUUUGAUCAAUAGCUUGGUUGGAAAAAUCGAUAUUCUGAUUAACAAUGCAGGUGUAAUGGCUGUCCCGACGUACCAAACGACUGAAGAUGGAAUUGAAUUACAAUUUGGUUGUAAUCAUAUCGGUCAUUUUCUACUUACCAAUCUGGUUUUGGAGAAACUUUUGAAGGCAGGGAGAGGGGGGCGAGCGAGAAUUAUCAAUGUUAGUAGUACUGGGUAUGAACUUGGGGGUGUUCAAUUCGAUGAUUGGAAUUUCAACGAAGGAGAAGACUACGACCCUUGGCAAGCAUAUGCACAAUCCAAAACGGCGAAUGUGUUAUUCUCCGGCACUUUGGCCGCAAGACUAAAGGGAAAAAAUGUACAAUCUUUUGCGCUUCAGCCUGGAUAUGUACCAACCAGCAAUCUCCAAGCUCAUGUCACUCCAGACAUGUGGAGCAAUGUGUUGCAACAAAUUUCCGAAUCGUCGGGUGGCCAAGAAUUUGAACCUCCAAAAACACUACAGGAAGGGUGUUCUACCACCUUAGUCGCAGCUUUAGAUCCAUCUAUCUCAGAAUCAUCCGGCGGAUUCCUUCAAGACUGCAUCAUCAGACCCGUACCCCAGGAUCACGCAGUAGGCGUCGGGAACCAAGUUCGAUUAUGGGAUUUGAGCGAGAGGUUAGUGGGGCAGCAAUUUGACAUUUUCAUUUAAAAGAUAUCAUGAUUCUUAUUCGAGGGACAGUCAUCAAUAUGUAUUAUUUUAUCACAGGUUAGUUAUGGCAGCUCAGAGCGGAAGACCCCCCUUUUUUGUACUUGUAGUUGUAACCUUGGGGCGUCUGGAAUAAAAUUGUCAGGCGGUUUAAAAUAUACAUAUUCAAUCUGGGCAUUAAUCAAGACA